CCCUGAACUGGUCCCCGGGUCCUCAGCUUGGGAUCACCCCUUGAGAAGGACCCUAGAGUCCUCGGCAUCUAGCCCGCCCCCCGAGGCAGGGCAUUCAAGGGGUUAAGUCCCCUGGGGCUGGAUCCUGCCUUCCGGCCUUUCCCAGACCCCAGAGCCGGUCCCUGGAGCACUGCACAGCCCUGAGUUCCGGGAUGGAACCUGAGACCGCGCUCUGGGGCCCAGAUCUGCAGGAUCCUGGACAGAGCCCGGAUGAUGCUCACCCAGGUGCAGAGAGUGGGAACGAAGAGAACGCUCAGCAGGAAAGUUCUGGGGAGGAGGUCAUCUUGGGAGAUCCAGAUCAGAGCCCAGAAUUCAAGGACCCAUCAGAGAUGCCCCUGGAGACACCCUCCCAGGAUGCCUCCGGCCCCCAGGAUGCCCCGGCCCCGCUGGGUCACUCCAGUCCCUCGGACCACCAGACCCCUCUGGACACCCCUACUCCCGAGGUAGUCCCGACCCCGUCAGACUGGACCAAGGCCUGUGAGGCCAGUUGGCAGUGGGGGACUCUGACCACCUGGAACAGCCCCCCGGUGGUCCCAGCCAAUGAGCCCAGCCUGCGGGAGCUGGUGCAAGGCCGCCCGGCCGGCGCCGAGAAGCCCUACAUUUGCAACGAGUGCGGCAAGAGCUUCAGCCAGUGGUCCAAGCUGCUGCGGCACCAGCGCAUCCACACGGGCGAGCGGCCCAACACCUGCUCCGAGUGCGGGAAGAGCUUCACGCAGAGCUCGCACCUGGUGCAGCACCAGCGCACACACACAGGCGAGAAGCCCUACAAGUGCCCCGACUGCGGCAAGUGCUUCAGCUGGAGCUCCAACCUGGUGCAGCACCAGCGCACGCACACGGGCGAGAAGCCCUACAAGUGCACUGAGUGCGAGAAGGCCUUCACCCAGAGCACCAACCUCAUCAAGCACCAGCGCUCGCACACGGGCGAGAAGCCCUACAAGUGCGGCGAGUGCCGGCGGGCCUUCUACCGCAGCUCGGACCUCAUCCAGCACCAGGCCACCCACACGGGCGAGAAGCCCUACAAGUGCCCCGAGUGCGGCAAGCGCUUCGGCCAGAACCACAACCUCCUCAAGCACCAGAAGAUCCACGCCGGGGAGAAGCCCUACCGCUGCACCGAGUGCGGCAAGAGCUUCAUCCAGAGCUCGGAGCUCACCCAGCACCAGCGCACGCACACGGGCGAGAAGCCCUACGAAUGCCUGGAGUGCGGCAAGAGCUUCGGCCACAGCUCCACGCUCAUCAAGCACCAGCGGACUCAUCUGCGCGAGGACCCUUUCAAGUGCCCGGUGUGUGGCAAGACCUUCACACUGAGCGCCACGCUGCUGCGGCACCAGCGCACGCACACGGGCGAGCGGCCCUACAAGUGCCCUGAGUGCGGCAAGAGCUUCAGCGUCAGCUCCAACCUCAUCAACCACCAGCGCAUCCACCGCGGCGAGCGGCCCUACAUCUGUGCCGACUGCGGCAAGAGCUUCAUCAUGAGCUCCACCCUCAUCCGCCACCAGCGCAUCCACACGGGUGAGAAGCCCUACAAGUGCUCCGACUGCGGCAAGAGCUUCAUCCGCAGCUCGCACCUGAUCCAGCACCGGCGCACGCACACGGGCGAGAAGCCCUACAAGUGCCCCGAGUGCGGCAAGAGCUUCAGCCAGAGCUCCAACCUCAUCACGCACGUGCGCACGCACAUGGAUGAGAACCUCUUCGUGUGCUCCGACUGUGGGAAGGCCUUCUUGGAGGCGCACGAGCUGGAGCAGCAUCGGGUGAUCCACGAGAGGGGCAAGACCCCGGCCCGAAGAGCUCAGGGCGACAGCCUCCUGGGGCUCGGGGACCCUGCCCUGCUGACCCCACCCCCUGGAGCCAAACCCCACAAGUGUCUGGUCUGCGGGAAGGGGUUCAACGACGAGGGCAUCUUCAUGCAGCAUCAGAGGAUCCAUAUUGGCGAAAACCCCUACAAAAAUUCGGACGGCCUCCCCGCCCACCCUGCUCCCAAGCCGCCUCAGUUCCGGUCCCCCAGGCUCCCUUUUGGAGGGAAUUCCUUUCCCGGUGCUGCGGAGGGCAGAGCCGACUCGCCCGGACAACCGUUUAAAAUGCCCGACGGGCAGGAGAGUUUCAGCCACAGGCUGGGGCUGCCCUCCUCCAAGUCCUACAUCUGUUCGCACUGUGGCGAGAGCUUUCUGGAUCGCUCGGUGCUCCUCCAGCAUCAGGUCACCCACGGCAACGAAAAGCCCUUUCUCUUUCCCGAUUAUCGGAUUGGCCUCGGGGAAGGGGCGGGCCCCAGUCCCUUCCUCAGUGGAAAGCCCUUUAAAUGCCCCGAAUGCAAAAAAAGCUUUGCCCUCAGCUCAGAGCUGCUGCUGCACCAGAAAGUCCAUGCCGGCGGGAAAGCCCAGAAAAGUCCAGAGCUGGGGAAGAGCUCCUCCGUCCUCUUGGAGCACCUCAGGAGCCCCCUGGGGGCCAGACCCUACAGCUGCUCAGAUUGUGGGGCCUCCUUCCUCGAUCGCCUGGCUCUCAUUCGGCACCAGGAGACCCAUACCCGAGAAAAGUCCCCCAUACCCGAGGACCCCCUCCCAGAGCCAGCCACCCUGUCCACAAGCCAGGAAGGUGAGGGAGAGGCCCCUGCACCCACAGAGAGCAGCAGCCAUGAGGAAGGGGGAAGCCCCAAAACCAGCUUGGAAGAAAAGCCCUAUUUGUGCCCCGAGUGUGGAGAUGGCUUCACAGAAGUCUCAGCCCUCCUCCUCCAUAGGAGCUGCCACCCCGGGGUCACCCUGUGAACAGGGUCUGGAGACCAGAGGCCUCUCUCUCCUGAGAGGAACACUGGGUCUCCCCAAAAGUUAUGUGGGGAAAGGAGGAAAACCCUAUCAGAUUGUAGAGAAGAAGAGGAUAAAGAAUUGUGGGUAAAAGUAGUGCUUUUACAUCAGUGAUGAAUAACCCUUUAAAAUUGUUGGUGGGAACCACUUAUAAGGCAGUAGAGAAAAACUGUUGGGUUAGAAACCCUAUAAAUAAGUAGGAAAAAAAGCCCUUUAAGUCUGUAGCAGAAAAACCCUAUAAACCAUAGUGGAUAAAAGCCCUAUUAAUUGUAGGAAGAGGUCCCAAUAUGUCUCUAGACAACCCUAUAAAACUGUAUCGAAAACCUAGUGAAACUAUAGGGUCGGGGAAGCACAGGGAAUCCGACAAUGGCGUCGACUUGGGAGGAGUGACCCUUAGAAGGUGUAGAAGGACCUCCCAUGAACUCACUCCACAGCGUUCUCUCCCCCAAGAGUAUGGGAGGGAGCCCGUCUGCCAGAGCCGUGGACGAUGACACCGAGGAAAAUGCUGGUCUGGGGGAGGAGCAUGGGAAUGAGGAGGAACCUUCUGAUUCCCCAGAGGAGAAAUGACCCAGGAACUAGGAAGAGAAGGUCCAGUUCAAGGCACUGGGGGUUCCAUGGGGGACGAGGGAAGUCUUAGAUGAUUGUGUGUGAGAGAGGAAGAGGCCCAUGGAACUCCUGAUCAGAAAGAACCCCCAAAAUGGGAAGAAAAAAACAUGUCCAGCCUUUUUAAAGGCCAAAGUUUGGGGAGCAUAAAAGUUUUAAGUGUAAGGAGACUAGGAAACCACCACAAAAAUUAGGAGGGAAGAGCAGGGUAAUUUGUUAGAGUGCUUUGAGGAAAGCGAAACAAGGUGGAGAAGCUGUCGAGAUGGAACCCAACAAACCCCAGGCUGCCAGUCCUCCCUGUUUCAGAAGCUUGUCAAACUGCAAGUACAAGCAGAUCCUAGCUCAGGCCACCAGAGUUCCCCACAUCCCCGAGCCAGGCAGGACUCCCCUCCCCAGCUGGGGAACAUCUUCACUGCGAGGCCUCCAGGGAUGGAGGGUCCCUCCUGCCGCAUUCUCAGGUCUCACUGUCGGGAGGCUUCUCCUGCAAUCUAACUGCCAUCAGUCCUGAGGCUGUGGCAGCCUGUUUCCUUACAUUCUGUCCUCAGAGAGGGAGAAGCCUUGCUAGUCGUCCUCCAAAGAAUAAAUCCCUUCAGAGACACGAGGUCUGUGUGUGGUCAAAUUCUGGCCAGACUUCUCUUAAGAGCACCACCUUUGAUUCUCUGGCAACAAGGGACAGCAGAAUGGCCAGAAUCGAGAGCCUGGAUUAGCCAGCAACCUGAUUUUUAACCUCAUUCUCUCAUCUGAGCUGUUAGCAAGGCUGCGAGAGGACGAGCCAGCAAGAGGACACGUAGUGAUGGGUGUCCAGAUGCCCCACAGGCUGGACCGUGGAUCCCUGAAGAGUACGCAGAGACCUGACCACCUUCCUCACCUGGGUACCUGGAGCCUUCUGAGGUUGCAGCAGCCCAGCCCAAUUGUGGUCUUGGAAAGAAGACAAGAGUCUACCCCCUUGGCUCCUCUCCUCCUUAGCCAGAAACCUUCAGAGAGAGACAGAAUGAUGAGAAACACACUCCCUGGCCAGGCGCGUCUCCUGUCCUCACACACCACGAACAGUGACAUACUUUCAUUAACCCUGCCAAACCUGCUCCCGUGGUGGGGAAUGAGACUGUUGUCCUCUGAAACAGUUGAAGAGCCAAAACUCUUGAAACAUCCAUAACAAGAACCCUACCCCCUAACCCCAGAGACCCUUAAAGGAGGACAGGACUCCCUGUCCAGAGCUGGGUCCAGAGGAAGUGCAAACUGACACCACGUUGGCCCCAGUAAUGCGCUGUGGUACAAGUAGAACUGAGAUGCCAGGUGGGGAGUCACGUCGUCCCUGGAGAGGGUGACCCGGCUUCCUACAAACCUGUGGAAGAGACCUCUGAUUCCAUUACCUAAAAGUUCAAAAGGUGAAAGUCCUUCACCCUUCGUCUGUCCUGUUCCCAAAGGGAUGACCCUCAAAUUCAAAGACUCAAAUCUAGAACACUGUAGGAGGAAAAGCCUAGGCUUGCUGGGGAGAAGGAAAAGGCAGGUCUUGGGGGACUAUGAGGAGACCUGAUUAAUACCUGCAUAAAGCCCCACCCACCCAAGUGCCAGGUCAGAAAGCGCCACCAGGAGGGGAGAAGGAGCCUGCCUGCCUCUACUGACGGCAUGGACCAAGGAGGCAUCCCUCAGGCUGAGGAAGAGGAGACCAUUCUCCAAGCAGGUUUUUUUUUUCCUCUAAGAUGGCAGCAGAAAGAAAAAUCAGUUGUAGAGACAAACCCUUUGUAAAGCUAGAAGCAGAUCUUCUUGGAAAUAGGCCUGAGGAAUCAGUCUCCAGAAGGGUCUGGGAGAGCAGCUUUUGGGGCUCAGGGCCAGUCCAGGGGGAAGAUGGGUGGUCAAGGCUGACCGAGGACCUUCUGAGGCCUCGGGUGUAGCAUACAUAGUAGGAUACUCGCAUGUCAUAGGGUGAGGGCCAGGGGUCUUGGCUGUGGUACCGAAUGGACGAUGUGGACACAAUUAGUUGGGGUCUGGGGUUUCAUAGCAAGAAAGGGGGCAGAGUCAGAGACCUUUGGGGUGUGACCUGUUCUCUGUUGCCCACCUCCCCAAACUCCUUUAGCCAGCUGCUUUCCUCCCAGAGCGAGCUACAUCUUGGGAGGAACUAAGCAGGGAGCAGGCUGGGUGGGGGAGGCGGCAGUGUUGAGUCCUUCUGACCAGGUCAGGCCAAGGCCCAGGGGAUCGUGGCACUUUCCCACCUGAAGUGAGUCAGGAAGGCGGAGUGUAGCCAAACCCUCAUGUCCAACUCCACGCAAGCCUGACUCUAGACAGGCCCUCAUGGAGGAGCACAGCACAGGGUCACAGUGUCAUUGGUGAAAGCAGAAGGGAGAGUAGAAACUGAUCGAACUUAGGGUGAAACUUGAAACUGCUAUGGAUAUGGAGGUCAGAAGGGAGCCCGGGACAACUUGCCGUGAAUCCUGAAUGGUGGGGAAGCUCGAAACCAUCAACCAAGAGGUGGGGUUCCAUCACACCUGCCCCUCAGGUGAGCAGCCCCGACUAUUUUGCCCCCACUCAUCUGACUUGUCCCCUUGGAGUGAAGAAAGGCCCCACUUUUGAGUAUUGUGUGUCAAUAGCAGUGUUGUGUCAGCGGUGGUCAUGUUGAUUAGUUGAA